UACCAGGAGUCUUGACGACUCUAGUUCUGUUGGAGCGGGUGUUGUAGGAAAGACGGCGUCUGUAAGUAACUCUGGGAGCCAUUGCUGAUUCAAGUUAUCGGUCGAAUGUGAUUUAGGCACCGGGUGAAAAUGAAGAUAAUGUCGAAGUUCACGUAAAUGAUGUUUUACCUAUACAACGAAAAAGGGAAGGAAAGAUGUCGGCAGGCUUCAGCACACCAUAAAACCUGGGCGGGCGGGGAAUAGCAGGCAGACUUUUGGACGGACUUUCAAAAAUGGGGGUCCUUUUCGACAAAACGGAAGGGUAAAAGACGAAUGUUCCAAAGUGUACAAAUGAAUCAACGAACUUCCAUAACAGCGUUCUGUAAUAUAAAACGAACAUUAUCCACAAAACCAAUUAUCAAUAGACCUCCCUUAACUCCAAAACAAAAUGAAGUCAUUCAAAACAAUCAAGACAUUCUUUCCUCCUACAUGGUACCGGGAAAGCUGAAAAAAUUCUUCAAGUCUCGGCCCACCCGAAGCCAAGUGGUAGAAACAGAGACUAUCUCUUCCCCCAGUACAACGUUUCGAGCAGCCAGGCCUCGUAAACUAACCGAACAAAGAUUCAGUGACCCACCAUCGAUUGCACAACAGCAACUUGCACAACGAAUAGAGCGAGCUAUUCUCAAGAUGAAUGCCAGCGAAGCGCUUCCUUCCCGAUUUGUUACACCAGAACAUAUCAGGGUAGUUGGUGUGAAAGCAUUGUCUAAUUUACAAAAAUGUCACGUGUACUGGCGACCGUGUGGAGAUGCCAAACAGACGGAUCAAACAAAGCAGGCGCUGAAGACGUAUCAACCCGUACUCACUAGGCUCAUCCAAAACCAUGCUCAUAUGCGACGACCUGUGGCCAUAAAGUACAUUGAAGACCGUGAUGGAGAGGAACUUGAAAGUAUCUUUAAGCAACUCAGUCAAGAGGAACAAGAGCCAGAAAACUCCCUAAAAAGUCAAUAAAUACCACUUCUCUGUAUCUUGCUGUAGAGAAUUCCCCCACCGAGAAAAAAAUAGAAAAAGUAUAAAAGGUUCUCCUUAGUGUAUUUAAUGUUUGCACGCGCCACAUUGGUUAAAUCCACCACAACUCGUUUGUUCCCGCGCUUCAUGUCUACUUCUACAUUACUCGCCGAUCGCCAAGCUGCCGUUGCUCGUCUCGAAGCCAAAACCUUCUUUGAACAACUUACCAAGAAUGAAAAGCUCUAUGCUCAUUACAUGGCCAAAGCUUCAUUUGCUGGCAGCCGAAUCAUUCUGGCCCAAACCAACCCACAUGGUCCCGAGAUUUUUGAUCUCAUUCAAUCUGUCUUCACCACCAAGGAUGGCCGCAUGGUCGACAUAGACCAGCUACAAAAAGACAGGUAU